UGGUGGGUUCAUUUAGAACCACUGUCCCUUUUUACAGGGAGACGCAUCUAUGACGUGGAAGCAACAUUGUUUCUUAUUUUUUCAAAGUAUAUCGUUUAGAGAUUGCUAUUGUGUGUACCAUCAUCACUUCCAAUUUUCAGUUUAGAAAAUCUUCAAGAAACAGUGCAUAUCACCCCGCUACCAGUAAUCUACAAAAUUUUUUGAUAACAAUACAAGUAUAAACUUCUCUAGUUUUCAAAUUGCGUAGUCAAUUCAAAUCAAUCUUGACUGUAUAUUCGAUGUUUAAAUAUCUAUACCGAUUACCAUCUGCAUCCGUGCUAUUCUCCACGACAAGAAAACUUACUACCGUUUGUUCAAAUCCAAGUUUCAGUUUUUCAAUCAAACUUUGCAAUCUUCGAAAGAACAAGUCUAAUUUUGGUGCCCUAUUCAUUCCCAAAGAUAUCCAGGUUAGAGUUGUAAGCCUACUGAACAUCAGAUCUAUGUCAAAAUCCGUAGACUCAUCAUCAGAUAUGGAGCUAGUUAUAACAGAAAACAAAAACCAUGAGCUGCUUACUGCAGCUUAUGAUAACUAUGGAGGAGUAACUGUAGAGAUUAAGGAUCCAUUGGACUGUGAAAUAUUCCUUUCUCUACUUAAAGCUUCAAUAAAAGAAUGGACACAAAAGGGAAAGAAAGGUGUUUGGAUUAAACUGCCAAUUGAACAUGUAAAUCUUGUUGAAGCUGCAGUCAAGGAGGGGUUUUGGUACCACCAUGCCGAACCAACCUACUUAAUGCUGGUAUAUUGGAUUCCUGAAACUGUUAAUACUCUUCCUUUAAAUGCUACACACCGAGUUGGUGUUGGUGCUUUUGUAAUGAGCGACGAAGGAAAGGUGUUAGUAGUACAGGAAAAAAGUGGGAAAUUGAGGGGUUCUGGUGUCUGGAAAUAUCCAACUGGAGUUGUUGAUGAGGGUGAGGAUAUAUGUACGGCAGCUAUUAGGGAAGUUAAGGAAGAAACAGGAAUUGACUCAGAAUUUGUGGAAGUUCUGGCGUUCAGGCAAAGCCACAAGGCAUUCUUUGAAAAAUCAGAUUUAUUCUUUGUGUGCAUGAUGCGGCCCCUCUCAUUUGACAUCGAGAAACAAGACCAUGAAAUUGAGGCUGCACAGUGGAUGAGUUUCGAGGAAUAUGCCGCCCAACCUUUUAUCCAAAAAAACGACAUGUUCAAGAAUAUUGUGGAAAUCUGCUUGAAGAAGAAAGGUAGCGGGUAUUAUAGCGGAUUUUUCCCAGUUUCAACAAAAUCAAGUUUCUCCUAUAGAGAGAGCUUCUUGUAUUUAAAUAAACGGGAUCUGAAUAGAACAAGUAAUGAUAAUGAACCCUAGAAAAGCAAGGCCUUCAGGCAAUAUCUCUACUUCUUAAUAUACUAAUUUAUAACCUGUCCGGAUGCAAGGGUACAUUAUAUUUUCUGUGGCAAUUUUAUUCUCAAUUCCGAUGUAUUUCUUUGUUUCUAA